AUGCAGAAGAAUGGCAUUCUCUUACACUUAGGAAGAAACAUAAGAAGAAAAAACCCAGAGGUUCCUGUCAAUUUUGCUGAAUUUUCCAAGAAGUGCUCUAAGAGGUGGAAGACAACGUCUGGAAAGGAGAAGUCGAAAUUUGAUGAAAUGGCCAAGGCAGAUAAAGUGCGCUAUGAUCGGGAAAUGAAGGAUUAUGGACCCGCUAAGGGAGGCAAGAAGAAGAAGGACCCUAAUGCCCCCAAAAGACCACCAUCUGGAUUUUUCCUCUUCUGCUCAGAAUCCCGCCCCAAGAGCAAAUCGACAAACCCUGGAAUCUCCAUUGGAGUUGUGGCGAAGAAGCUCGGGAGAUGUGGAAAUAACUUAAGUGACAGCGAGAAGCAGCCUUACAACAAGGCAGCCAAGCUGAAGGAGAAGUAUGAGAAGGAUGUCGCUGACUAUAAGUCUAAAGGGAAGUUUGAUGGUGCAAAAGGUCCCGCAAAAGUUGCCCGGAAAAAGGUGGAAGAGGAUGAAGAAGACAAAGAGGAAGAGAAGGAGGAGGAGGACGACGACGACGACGACUAA